AUGUUCAGCGCCACAACGCCAACAACGACUACAGAAAAGGUCAUGUAUCUAGAUGGUGUUCCUAUCAAGGAUUUCGAUCAGUUUGUCAGAACUAUAGUGAAUGAAAACAUGUUCCAGAUAGCUGCAGCUGUUGUUGAUCAGCUCAAAGUGUCAAUGCCGGUAGCUCAGCCUACUUCAUCACUGGUGCAGAAACAGAUACCAGAAACCAUUUAUCCUCAAAAUAGUGACAUAAUACUGACCGAUCCGUCGAGGAUUCGUGAAGUUAGCACAUUACUGAGGAGGGCUCCGCAGAAAUUUGGUAGGAUUGUUCACAUUUCGUCGAAAGAUAAAUGUGAAGAGAAGGUAGGAGACGUGACUGGGGACCUAGAGCUGGUAGAAAGACUUUUCACAGUUGGGGGGAGCAGUGUCAAUCCUCAGGAUGACAUUGACCAUGGAGCAGAAAGCAACAGCUGUGCAACUGAAACAGUGGAGCAAGUGAAGGCAGAGAUCUUCAAGCUGGAGGAGCAGAUGACGCAAAUGAAAAGAUUCAUCGCAGGCGGCUUCCACGAUAUCGGUAAAAGGAUUGAUGAAUUUGCUCUGGCAUUAGAGCAGGAACUGUUUAAAGACGAUCAGUCGGAGAUCGAUAAGAAUGUAGAGGAAAGGAAAUUCUUGGCGAAAAUAAUAGACUUCACGCGGAAGGUGAUAUUCAAAUACUCCAACGACUCGAAGGUCUCGGAGCCAAGUGUGUGGCAGACGGUGAAAAACGUUGUCAACGCCAACGUUCGCACUAGACGAGCCCGCAUUGACAUGCCGGGCACACUUCUCAGUAACGCUCCUACUACCUUUGCUCAAAAUUCACUCGAUCCUGAAGUGAAUGCGGUAGUGACUAGUCUACGCACUGGCAAUGUGAUGAACGUGGAGCAAAUCCGACAAUUGCAAAAUAUACUUCAAAACUACGAGCAGAGUCUCCAGACAAAAGAACUGAUCGCCAAGCGGAAGCAGUUGCAACUACUACAGAACGAGCUCAUUGAACAGAGGAAGAAAAUCGAGGAACAGAGGAAAUUGGAGGAAGAGCUCAGAAAGAAGGAACAGGAACUAGAACAUGAAAGACAGGCAAUGGAACUUCAGCUCCAAGAGCAACUGAGAAUGUGGCACAGCUCGUUCAGCAAUCCGAAUGAGCCCAAAAUGCCACUGAUGCCUGUGGAACUGUCUGAACCUGCUCUCCCAAUAGUGCCGCAUUCGAUAGCACCUUCUUCAUUGCCUGUGGCUGUUGCUACCACUACACCUGACAAGCGACUUCCUAUGUUUUUGCCGUCAGCUCCCUCAAGCGCAAGAGUGGAUGCCGACAUUCCCUCUGCAAAAUCCCUUCCGGAUAGACCUGAAUUGACUCAGGAAAAACGAGAUAAUAUUGUUCCACCGUUGACGGUGAACCAGUUCUGGCCAAAAGUGGUGGAAAAGGCGUACAGAAAUCACAAGGUUGCGACAACCACGGACUCUGGUUCAUCUCAAUCUCAAUCAGGAGAAGACAGCGACGAGUUUACAUCAUCAUGCCAGUGUGAGAGGAUCUCCCUCCAAAAAAUGAAAGGGAAAUGGUCAAUGGCUUUAGCAUCGAAAGCACUCAUUGAGAAACUGCGAGCGAAACUGAAAAAGAUGCUGCCAAAGGAGCCAAGGACUGAACUUAGUUGCAGCAGAAUGACCAGUCCAUGUCGAGAAGCCGCUCUACUUGUGAGGAACGUCGAUAGAUUUUUCGAUGAAGACAACUCUGAACUGGUGUCAUUCUUGAAACGAAAGAUUGCUAAUGAUGAGAUGGAUAGCAUGGACAUAGCACCAUUUGCAAAUGAAUGCUCACAAAAUUGA